UUUGACUUUCAUUACGUAUGGAUGAUGUGCUGUAAAAAUAGAGCAUCGUAUUAUGAUAUGAACAUAAGAUUUUUUAGUGAUAUUUUGCAAUAAAAUUUUAGAAGAAACACAGAAAGGUACGAUCGUGGCUUGUUUAUGUUAUUAUAUGUAUAAUAAGCUUGACACUCGAAAAUGACAUGGUGUUGACGAGUUUUUAAAUAUUUCAAACACAGUUCAAUGCAACAAGGAAAGAAGAGCAAAAAUAGGACCAUACAUUAGACGAUGGCUGGAGCUACAGAGCUAACUCAGGACAAAACCGGGUCAUGACUUUUACCAAAGAAGUGAUUAUCCUUCUAUCACUUUCAGUAUCCUUAGUUAUAUCAAAAGUAACUGUAACUCGAUUUCGCGAUAGAAAUGGAAUAAUAGACGUCAUCAAAUAUGCCGACGAGGAGAAAAGAUGCUUACCAUCGCAAACAGCUUUGAAAUUUGAAGGAAGUUUUAAUUGUAUAUACGAUAUUGACAUAUUAACUGAUUUGAACACCACAGUUACACAUUUUAAAAAAGAAGCUGAUGUUAUUUGGAGUGGACCAACAUUUCUGGAACCAUGCUCAAUUUCAUUACUAAAAUAUAAAGAAUACAGAGGUACCUCGUGGAAGAAUGUGGUACAACCCGGCAGUUGUUUUCUAUUUCACAAAAUUUUACGAAUAAAUUUAGUUUUAACACGAGUAAGCUCUUGCAAGUAUGAAGAAUAUCUUGGCAAGCUUAUACAUGUAAACAUUUUAUGUGAAAAACAUAAUUACACAUACAAUAUCUUCUCUACUCUGCCAUCUAAUUACAUUUCAGCAAAUGCUACUGUUGAAGUAUUUACAACAACAACAGAACCAGAAACAAAAACAGCAACAACAACAACAUUCAUCAAAAUACCAAAAACAACAGCUCCAUAUGCAGACAAGACAAAACCAUCUUUAACUGCGACGACAGGCCGACAAACAACAACGUUAGAAAUUACAACAAAAAUCAUUGCAGUAGAUGCAACAACAGCAACAAAACCAGAAAUAAAACUGACGACCAACUUAAACACCCAUUCUACCAAGAGCCACUUUUCUGCAACAUCAGGAAUAACUACGAACGAGCAUAGCACAGGAAAUGCUACCAUUUUUAACAAAACACCACCUGUAGAGCCAGCAUCCAACCCAAUUUUCAUAUCAACUUUAACUGCUUCAACAACUUCUUCAGUAAACAUUAAAGAUGAUGACGAUUCAUCUAAAAUUAUUUUAAUCGCUGCAUUGGCAUCUUCUCUGGUACUGGUUGUUCUCCUUGGAUGUCUGAUAUACAUGUUUUGGUGCCGAAAGAGGAAAAGUGCUAGAGAGAAUCAAGAUUUGUUAGUCACCGCUAUGAUGCCGCUAGAUGAUGACGUAUUCAACCCAACUGCUGACAUCAGCUCUCUAUACACUGUCCCAAAAAAAAUAAAGAAGAAGCAAGUCCUCAAACUAAAAAAAGGGACUGGGAACUGGUCGAAUUAUGACGAGGUUGGUGCAUUAAUUGAAGGCGUUUACGAAGCGAAAGAAAGUAUCUCAGAAGAUCAGGAUGGAAAAAAUUCUGUAAAUGGUUAUAGUAAAGUCGAUAUGCGAAUGUCUCCUCCAGCGUUCGUUCAAGACGGUCCGUAUGAAUUUAUCGGAAGUAGGACAAACUCUUUUACUCCUGGGAGGAUAAAAGAUAAUAAAUCUCUUGACAUGGGUCCUGAAAUUGUUGAAACUGCUCUAACCACACCUGAAAAUACUGUAAGCAUUCCUUUAGUGAGAGAAAAUCCUUGUUCGCAAAAGGAAGAAAAUAGUGCAAAAGUUUCCACGUUUAAACCAAACAGUAGUAUACGUAUAAAACAACAACGCACGUCGAUGCGACGGGAGAAUUUUCUGGAUAAAGAAAACGCUAUUUUAACGAACGCCACCCACGAAGAUGUUACUAUUACCCCUCCUGUUUCCAAACGCUCUUCGCCCGUAUUAUCUGAUAAUCGGCGUCUUGUUAAUAAAAGUAGCAACGAAAAUACCAAACAAACAAACAGCUAUGAAACAAUACCAAAGGACAAUGUUGAUUCAAAUAAAAAUGCCGAAAAUGAUUCGAAACAAGAACACCACUUCUUUCAACUGGAACCAGAAAAUGAUGACGAAAAUCAUGAAUACGAAGAAGUCGCUAGUAACAAUGACACAUCGCCAAUUAGUUACGCCGAUGUAGAAAUUUCGCCUAUGAAAGACAGUGACAAAACGAAAACAAGUAACAGAAAUCCGAACUACGUAUCUGUUCAAGUGGCUGAUUAAUUUUAAAAUGCUUUUGUCGAGAGGGAGGCAUUCAAAUUACGCCAUGAAUUUAUUCUGUUUCUGGCCCACAGUCUUACACACGUUUUUAGCGGUAACAGUUCGUAUGAAAGGCCACCACAUGCCGCUAAAACAUUACGGCAAUAAACAACGAGAGAUCUAGCAAAGAUCUUUUAAUUUUUAUUAAUGAACUUGUGCGAAAAUAAUUUCCAGCUAAUAAAAGAUACUGUAAGUAA